UGAGUACUUAGAGAACAAAGUGCUGCACGAUGCUAAAUGAAGCCCCAUGGAGUACCUUUGUGCGUUUGAGUGCAUCGUGUCUCUGCAAGUCAGACCCAGAGCUUUUCACUCGGAAAACCAGGAAAAUGAACUAGUGGCUGCAGAUAAAAAAAAUCUGACUGCCAAGGAUUGGGGUGCAUGUAGUAAUUUUGCAGGAGAAGGUGUUAUUCAGCGCUGCACUGCUGUGAAGUACCACUACACCUCUAGCUCCCUGCCACGCAACUUACCUGUUAACAUUACCAACACCAUCCGGCAAGAUGAGUGGCAUGCUCUCCACCUGCGGAGGAUGACAGCUGGCUUCAUUGGCAUGGCAGUCUCCAUCAUCCUCUUUGGGUGGAUUAUUGGUGUGCUGGGCUGCUGCAAGCAGCAGGAGCUCAUGCAGUACGUGGCUGGGCUGCUCUUCCUAAUGGGAGGUACAUGCUGUAUCAUAUCACUCUGCACAUGCGUAGCUGGGAUCAAUUUUGAGUUAUCGCGCUAUCCUCGCUAUGUCUAUGGGCUGCCAGAGGACAUCAGUCAUGGCUAUGGCUGGUCCAUGUUCUGUGCCUGGGGAGGCCUGGGCCUCACUCUGCUGGCUGGAUUCCUCUGCACGUUGGCCCCUUCACUCAACACUUCUCGGGCACCUGUACAAAAACCCAGACAAGAAAACGGGGCUGUGUGACCUCUGAGGGAGUGAGGAGAGACUCUGGAAAGCGCAGCCUGGGCAAAGCUGUGGGUUAACACCAGGAAGAGGUGGCAUGUCAGCGUGUGGCGAGCGGUGCCAUAGCUGUGGAACUACCAGCCUGUGGAAUGCUGCUACAGACUCCAGUCUUGGACAUAGACGCUGCAAGUAACUCCAGGUUUGAAUUAUUGCUGAUGUGCUCAUUGACGGUUUAAGGGCGGGGGGACAGUUCUUUUGCUUUGUUUUGUCUUCUGUUUACAAGAGAUUAAUUUCAAGGCUGUGUCUUUUUUUGUGCUGGUUUUUGAACUGUACCCCAUGGUCUUGUUCUUGUCCAGUUGUAAGGGAUGUUUACGCACCAACUCUAUUGCUGCAGGUCUGUUAUAAUUCAGACCCAAAUUAGGGCAAGGAGCUAUGCGAAGUUGGCUUGAACACUUUUGCAACAGACAUGUCUAGUGUUGGCUCAGGCCAUCAUUUCCCAAAAGAACCUUGAUCUAAGCCGAGGUAUAGGCCAAAGAAUUAGCCCGUCCUUAGUAUUAAUUCAUCUAAAGCAGAAAGCUGUGCUGUUCUGUGCUGUAGUAGCAACUAUUUAGUCGUCACUACUAAAACUGUUUCUGAAAGGAGCCUGCUGUAACUGAGCAGCAAGACUCUGGUGAACUCUUACUGGCUUUAGGAAAGAAGGCGAAAGUUUUUCCUCAGCUUCUUACACAGGUAAGGUUACUCAUUCGACUAACGUGCCCUUGUUUUAAUGGGGAGAUGUAUGCAACAUGCAGCUUAUAACUAUUGCACGAGGGGCCAGGGUAUAUUUCUGAAAGUAAGUCAUAGUUUGAGCGGCUGGGAUCAACUUUCACCACACUAGCUAACUGUAGGUGUGACUCCUGUUCUGUGAAAGGAGAUGAGUAAUUCCCCCUGAGCUCAAAUUGCAGUACUGCUAGAAUAGCAGAAAAUUUACAGUUCCCCCCCCCCACCCCCAACAUUAACGUCCAAAGGAACUGCAAUGUAUUUUCCUCAGGAACGCGUGGCUUCUGCUCACUUCACCCCUCACCCAUUUAUAAUGUCAAAUGCCUCCUGAGCACAGCAAGUCCAGAACACACAUGCUCCACUGGAACAAAGUUCCCCUCUCUAAAAUGACCAGUAAGGGCCUUGGAACCAGUGUAAGUACUAGCACUAACUCAGGAACAUCAGCCAAAGUACUGUGGGGUGCAUUUUUCUUUCAUUCAUCUAUUCUUUCUUCCUUCACAUCCCCACCCCUCUCCCAAGCUUCCAAAAACUGCACAGGUAAAGAUGAGAUGGCCAGCAUUUGGAGAUGUUUACAUUGUAUUUCAAAUACAAUACAGUGGCAUGUAAGAUACUUAAUGAUAAAGUCAAUGUAUUUAUGAGAAGUGUAAUUUUUAAAUGGAAGUUGUAAUUCUCAACUGGCAUUAAAAGUACUGAAAGACUUG